UCUCAGCCAAUCAGCGUGGCCGGCUGCCUCGCGAACACGGAAGUAAAACAGCCUCCAAUAUCCAUCGCAAGUGAAACUUAACAGUCCUCCGUUGCUGCUCCAAUGUAGCCUAAACUUUUUUAAUACCUUUUAAAUAGUUACUUUAAAGCUUACGUUUUGAAAUAUAAAAGGUUUCCUCUUGUUAAAGAUGACUUCCUCUUGGGUUCGGGUUGCAUUGUCGCUGGGCAUUGCAGUGUUAUCCAUCGCUAUUGCCAUCACUGGACAAAAACAGGGCUCUCUGUCAACAGGGAUGCCGCCGCCUCUCUCCGCUGCCCUCGGUGUGUUUUCCGUGGCCGGCAUGGCUCUCAUCUGGAGGGACAUAAACUCCAAGUUGAAAGGAGAAAAGCGGACACUGAGCAGUCUGCUGAGCCAGUAUUUUGCGGUGAAGCUUGUCGGCUGGCUGGGCAGACGGCAGAGAGGCAAACUUGAAGCCGACACGCUCAACGUGAAGCAGGCGCAGGAGGAGACUCUGCUGAGGCGCUUGCGUAAAAACGCCGACACAUGUUACGGGAGGCAGUAUGAUUUCAGUUCAAUUAAAGACAGUGAUGUUUUCCGGGCGCGUCACCCCGUUACCACGUAUGAGCACUACCGUGAGCUCAUCAGACGCAUCGCAGUGGGAGAGGAGAAGGUGAUCAUUGCUGAGAAGCCUCUGAUCUUGGCCAUGACAUCUGGGACGUCGGGGGCAAGCGCCAUGCUGCUCAGCACCAAAGACACCAACACUGAGUUCUUCCUGCAGGGGGUGUCUGUGUGUUUGGAUGCCAUGCGGCGGGCCUUCCCUGCCACUGAGAGUCUCCAGCGCACCACCAAGUUCUUCUACACACCCACGUUUCGCCAGUCAGAGGCUGGCAUUCCCAUUGGACCAAACUCCUCAACGCCAGCCUCCUCCCGCCACAUGCUCAACCUCUACACCACCCCAGCACCCGCCUUCGAGGUUCCCAGUGAGAAGGACACGCUGUACCUGCAUCUGCUUUUCGCUCUGAAAGAUCCCAGUGUGGGAACACUCGAGUCCAACUUUGCCUCCACUGUGUUUUAUGCCUUCAGUGCCUUACAGGAGCGCUGGCAGGAGCUUGUGGAAGAUAUUGAACAGGGAAAGAUCAGCAGUGCUCUGGCUCUGGAGCCCAAGGUGAGGGCCAGCCUGGAGGCUGUGAUGAAGCCAGACCCAGGGAGGGCUGCACAGCUGCGGGCCCACUUCCAGGAAGGGUUCAGGGGCAUCGCCAAGCGCCUGUGGCCCGAACUCCACCUGGUGCUGGCGGUGGACUCUGGCUCCAAUCAGAUCUAUGGGGAAAUGCUGAGGGAGAACUACUGCCAGGGAGUUCCCUUCUACUCUCCUUUCUAUGCUGCUACUGAAGGUCUGAUUGGGGUGAACCUGUGGCCUGAGGAGCCGUCCAGACGCUACCUGCUGUGUCCACGCUCCAUGUUCUGUGAGUUCCUGCCCGAAGGCAGCCUGGAUGAGGAGCAGCCACACACUCUGCUCAUGGGAGAGGUGGAGGAGGGACAAAACUACGAGCUGGUCAUCACCAACGCCUCAGGACUCUUCAGAUACCGAAUUGGAGACAUUGUGAAAGUAGUUGGCUUCCAUAACCAGUGUCCAGUUGUAGAGUUUCAGUACAGGCGAGGUCAAAUGCUGAACGUCCGAGGGGAGAAAGUCUCUGAGAAGUUGUUCCUGGGGGCUCUGAAGAACGCCGUUGCCCAGUGGCCCGGAGCUCACCUGGUCGACUACUGCUGUGCCGAGAGUGGCAUCCUGGGAGAUUCGAUAGGCGGCUCCGAUCCUCAUUACCAGGUGUUUGUGGAGCUGAAGGGAGUGAGGAACCUCACAGAGGAGCAGCGAUACAAGUUGGACGUUUGCCUCCAGCAGGACUCGGCCGUCUACAAGUCCUUCCGUAUCAAAGGCAGCAUCGGACCAAUGAGGGUGCAGCUGGUGGCCGAGGGUGCCUUCAAGGAACUCCGUAAGCAGAUGAUGGCCUUCUCCAACACGUCGCCCAACACCUUCAAAAUGCACCGUGUGCUGCGCAGGAAAGAGUACGCCGAUUUCCUCUUGGGAAAAACUGUUUCCUGAAAGCCUGAUGAAAGGCAUCGUGGGAAAUGUGACUGAAAUUCCAGUGACUCUGUCUGUGGCGAGCGCUGACCGAAAGUAAUGGGAUACAUGCAGAGUAUCUCCAAUUUUUUUCAAACUGCUCAUGACUAAAAGAUUCAUGAAUUGUGCUUGUGGACACCUAAAUACAGAAAGUCAUGAAACUGAUGAUUUUUGACAAUAAAAACCGUAAAUUAU